AUGUACGAUUUACUCGAUCGAAUAUGUUCACCCACCAGUUCACCUUUGCCGAUCAGUUCUUCAGCUUAUUAUUCAUCGAAAUCACUUGAGAAUAAAUUUCAGCAAUCAAUUAAUAUUCUUAAUAAGUCAAUAAAACAAUUGUUAACCUAUGAAUUGCACACUGUUGUCAACAAUGGUCAACUAACAAGCGCGUCCAACAUUCGUCAUAGCCGGUAUUACAAUCCGGCUACUGCAUUGAAACAAACCAAUGAUUUGAAGAAAAGAUUGCAUUGGAUCGAACAAAGGCAAAUGUUAUUGAAACAAUUGGAUAGUAAUCAAGAGAAAACAAUUCCACAAACAUAUUCGGAUUUGAAUGCAUUAGAAAACAUUUGGUUUAAUCAUCGUUUAAAGAUUCUCGAUAAUUCAUUGGAACUACUAACAAAGCAAUCCGAUGAAAAGAAAUCUUUCAACGACGAUGAUACUGAGGAAUCAUCUUGUGCUCGUUGUAGAGUGUAUCGAAGAAGAAAAGAAGAAGAUAGUCAAUUGUUGAAGAAAUUAAAGCGUACUCAACGUAUUCAUAUUGAACAUAAUUAUUCAACUACCUACGUUCAUUAUUCAUCCCCAGAAUCGGAUCUUAUUUUAUCACUGUCUAAAAUAGCUGAUCGCAUCGGUCAUAGUUCGAACUUGAAUGUUUCAAAUCACACAAAAAAACUUCCAACAUCGACAAUGAAGAAGAAGCAGCCACCCAAAUUGCAAUCGUCGAUAUCGCUCAUUGUUACGGAUUCCAACAAAGCUCAGAAAAGACCAUCAGACGACUCUCGGAGUAUAUCGAACAGUAAUUUCAUCUCCGCUAAUUAUGAUGUUACUAGCAAACGACAGAAACGGAUCGCUUCUCCACAAUCGACAUUAACCGUGUCCUCAGCGAAUACGUCUGGGCCGAUUAGCAGUUCAUCUCCUCAUGAAAUUCUUACACCCAGUUGGCGUAACAAGAAACAUGGAUUACAAAUCCGACAGCAACAAAUAAUCUUUCAAUAA